UGUUUAUGGGGAAAGGGGCGGGAUCGAGCGAACCGGCAAGGACAAGCUGGGAACAAGCCCAAAUAAGCCACUACACUUUAGUGACAAGCCCGAAAAAAAACGCAACCCUUGACUACCAAUAUUUGUAAGCGACUUUAUAAGAAAACAAGCCCAAAGUCGCUUGUAAUAAGCGGACUUGGCAACACUGAACAUGACCUAUGUACACGACUCAAGUUGCUACACGGAUGUAUUUAAGUUAAGGACAGUUGAUUUGCGCCGCCUUGUGUUUUUAUUGAAGUAGGAAUCCGAGCACUUAAGAUGUGUGUUAAGGAGGUUCGUUCAUAUAAAGUAUAGUUGGCGUCUCAUGAGGACCUUUACAAUUUUUUUUUUUAAAUAGCGCCUUACAUUUUUAAAUGACGUUGUAUCUGACUGUGUGACAGAGUUUCGGAGGGAAGAAAAGUGUCUCGAGACGUUUUAAAAAAAAAUAGUUUUCCUCAAGCUACAUGGCGUGUGAAGGAAACGGCAUGUCAGAUGCGAGGAUAGGGGAGGCCCUGAUCAAAGAGGUGAUUGAGGAGGAGCUGAAGGACGUACCCUCAGAGGACAUCCCACCCCUUACUCCACUGGCAGUCUUAAAGACUGACCAGGAGCAGAAGGUGGUGACCCAGCUGGCCAAAAUGAUCUGCAUCAUUGGGGACAAGGUCCAAGGUGACCAGGAGUUCAAAGAUGCGAUAGAUGGGAUAACUGGUUCCUCCCGCUCUAAGUGGGACACUUUUCAGGCAGUGGCAGACAAAGUGUUUCAACACGGGAUCAGCUGGGAGAGGAUUGCUGUGCUCUUCUAUGUCGCUGGAAAGCUUGCUGUCAAGAUGGUGGAGGCCCAUCUCCCUCAAUCAGUGAGGGAGAUCCUAAGGUGGACUGUGGAUUUUUUCAGAAAUAAUCUACUGGACUGGAUCCGUGAACAUGGAGGAUGGAUCAACAGCUUCUCUGAGCUGGCAGUGGCAUCCAUGCAGAACGUGUCAUCGUUGAGCUAUCGUAACUACAGCCUUGCCCUGAUCUUUGUCACCGGCCUGGCUCUAGGAAGCAUCAUCACCUGGAAACUAACCAAAAGGUUCUGAGGUGCCAAAAAUCCAUUGUGUUUUCCCUAUAUUCAUUCUGCAGCUGCACACCACCACGAACAUGACACUGCCCUGAGUCACUGAAUGAGCCAACUGUCUGUGGUUGGUUCAUGUCUGUAACAGCAGGACAGUCAAGUUUUUCUAAAUUGCUAAAGUCAGUUGAACAAGUGAAGUAAAGAUAUAUUGUUGGUAUUGUAAGCCUACUGGUAGUCUCACAUUGAUAAAACCUAUCUAUUGAAAGUGUUAAGUUGAGGAUGGAAUUUGGUGUUGUGGUAUCCCCACAUCUCCCAAGCUAAAGCAGUAAACCUAGGGAAAACGCUGGUGGUUAUUUUUUAAGAUCUUCGUAAAAUUAAAACGUGUAUCAUGAACUUUUGUUUGCCACAAAGCUUAUUUUCUGCAAUAGUCAAUGGAAAAAUCCAAUUGGCUUUUUGUUAACGUAACCAGGGUGAUGCUAACUUCUGGGUUGGCCUGCAAAAAUGUCCUACCUGUUAUAAUAUUACUAUUACUUUUUAUCAGAGCCAUGUAAUGACAGCAUGUCUGACAAAGGGCCCAGAUGCUGUCAUAUCCUGAUCACAUGUUGCCAUGAGAUGCGCGCGCACACACACACACACACACACAAACACACACACACACGCUACGUUUCUACCUUUUCUGUUAUUCUUGAAACCUUGAAAACUUGAAAAAAACAUUCAAAGAUGUAAAAGAAAGCCAUGUAUGUUUCUAGAAGAUGUACUGUAUCAUGCUAAAAAGAUAUUCUCUAACAUAACUGGAUCCAUGUUCAGACACUAGACAUGUAACGAUACACUUAACCCACGAUUCGGUUCACUAUACGUUUUUUUUCUCCCAAUUCUUUAACAGAAUGAGCUGCAGACAAAGGACUAUAUAAAACUGUGCAAAAUUACAGAUGUGCCCUCUUAUCAAAAGUGCAACUGAGAUUGUAUUUUAUCCUAAAUAAAAAAAAACAAUUAUUUUAUUUUAAAAUCCCACAUCAAAAUAACAAAGAAAAAAAACUCUUAAAUAAACUAAGAAGAUGUAGUGACGUCUGAAGUCAAUUAAGUAAAAUCAAAAGUAGUUUAUGCCCUAGACCGUUUUAAAAAUUGCAUUGCGAUUUGAUUUUUAACUGAUUUCAUGAUGCAUCCUUACAUCCCUAUCAGACCCCAUUGGCAGCUGUUGGCCAUAUCCUGACACAUCCAGACCUACUUAACGGUCUUUUCACUGUGCUUUUCCUGGGGAAUCACAGACGAAGUCCAACUACAAUUAGUUUAUACACAUCAAAGAAUCUACAUGGGAAUGUUCAUAUAUGUACAUAGACAAUUACAAUAAUAUGUGAACUUAACUUUGAUGCGAGAAAGCCGUAAGAAUGCUUGGGUGACGCUCAUAGGGUGAAAUUACGUUAAAAAAAAUUACAAUCAAAGUGGAAAUUUAAGGAGUUUUUACUUUUAAGGGUCAAGGGUAGAGCAUGGCUUAUUCACAGGCCUUAGCCUGCUUUUGCCAACUUUUUUAAAGUAAAAGGUAAAACUACAGUGGGUUGGGAAAGUUUACACCCCCAUGCCAAAGUUGAUUAGAAAAGAAAUAAAAACCAUCUUUUGGAAAUUGAUCUUAAUGCCUUAAUUCAAAACAUUUACGAAAAUCCAACCUUUAAAGUACAUCAGUUUUCUUUGUGAAUGAAUAUUGUAUUGUAAAUAAAUAAAUGUUCUUCCUUAAAAUACAUCGGGCAUAGGUAUACACAUCGCAAUUUUAAAUUCCCAUAGACGCAGGCACAUUUUUAUUUUUAUUUUUUUUAUAUUUCAUGGAUCCAGGAUAAUAUGCAUCCUUUUAAAGUUCCUUGGCCUUUGGAAUUAAAAUAGCCCCAUAUCAUCACAUACCCUUCACCAUACCAUACAAUACCCAGAGAUUGGCAUGGUGUUAUUUCAGUUAGCCUAAUAGCUGGUUUGAUGUGCAUUGAGAUAUGAGCUUAUGUAAAGUUCCCCAUGCCUAUUAAUCAAAUCAAAUCAAAUUAAUCAAAUGUUGGUACUCUUAAUUUGAUCAAAAGGCUCUGGGCUGCCAGACUAUCUGGCGUGUCUGGAGUGUCAGGCAGGAGAAAUAAUAAUAAUACAUAAUUAAAGGACAUGGCUCCAUGCUACUGUAAAGACAAGACUACACAACCGCCAUUUUCAAUAAUCAAUUCCUACUGAAAAUGUCUGUUUUAACAGUUUAGAAAUGUAAGUAACAAUCCAUUGAAUAUGUAAGCUGGCUAUCAGUGGGUCAGUACUGAAGUCCAUUUACAAUCACAUCAUCACAUGAAAAAAUAAAUUUAAAGAAAACACAUGCGUUUUCAUCAAAUUUUAAUAAAUAAACACAGAAAAAACAUAUUGAUCCUAUAGAUUUCUCAAUGUAGUAGCAGAACAAAAUAUUUCUUAACACAAGUUAUUUGAACUCAUGGAGCAUAUGGUUUUUUGGUUUGUUUUUGAGUUAUGCUAAUUUUUAUGUGCAGUGGCGUUUGGACUUAAUGGAAAAAUGUCAUCACAAGCAAAAAAUGUAAUGACAAAAGACAGAAGCCUUAGCUUUCAGCUGCUGCAGAAACAAAAUGUGUCUAAAUGGUAAAAUCAUGGUGUAAUUAUACAUUGCUACUUACACCCUCUGUAUGCCACUGGUUUACAGUUUAUUUGCACAAAUAUUGAAUCAAUUGUUAAUUUAUGACGACUUCAUUAGCAACCUGCACAAAGGGCACCCUUUAGCGUCUGUAGGGGAUGCUUCGGGCAUAGCAGCAGCUCAACGGCAGCGCUGUAAGGUGACGUAGGAUGAAAGAGAAAAUCUGUGCAAGGAUGCAGACAACACUAGACUUUCACCCAGGAGACCGGGUGUCCUGCGUGAUCCUGCAUCUGACGAAGACGCUAAAGGAGAAUUUUUGUGUCAGUAACUAAUGCCAGAGGCCCCUGACCAAGUAUCGUUUUUUUGAUGCACCGGGAGUGAGACUGUGUUGUCCUAAGAAUGCAAGAAAGUGAUGUGAAAGGAUUCCUUCUCUGAUUGAAGAAUCUUUGCCCUGUGCAGUCAAUUCCCAAUCAUGAAGUGCAUACUGCUUUUCACCAAAGAUGGAGAUCAAUAUCAACGUCCUCAAGCGUUGCCAUUAUACACAUUUAGUCUUUGAAUUAGUACUUUUUUUUUCUGGCAGUUGUAGAGCAAUAGCAGUUCAAUGCAUUGUCUAUCAUACUGGAUUUUAUUGGUGCUGGUUUGAUUUCAUGCAAAAAUUAUGUACAGCUAAUGUAACCACAGAUGGUCAAUAUCAAUGAGCACUAUUGCCCGACCGAUGCAUUUUGAUGUCUGAUAUUAUUGGCUAG